AUGGUGUUCUUCUUGCCCCGAUGUGUCCCUGAGGGUGGGUACAAGCUGGACAAGACCUUGGUGGUACACAACUUCAUCCUCAGCUUGAUGUCCCUGGUCCUGUGCCUGGGAUGUGCCUUUGAGAUGUUGCAGCGUGUGCGAAGAGAGAACACUGUGGAGUGGAUGUUCUGCGAAGACACAUCGAUAUCCACGCGAGGGCCACUCUACUUCUGGUCCUGGGCCUUUUAUGCCAGCAAGUACUACGAGCUGGUAGAUACGCUCCUCGCCCUGCUUCGGGCCUCCAGGCCGCCGCAUUUUGGCCUGCACGUCUACCACCAUGCCCUUGUUCCAGUCAUGGUCUGGAACUGGUUAGAACACCGAACAACUCUUCAGCACAUAGGGCUGCUUUGGAACACCUUCGUGCACGUGGUCAUGUACGCCUAUUACGGCCUGAAGGUUCUGCAUGUGCCAACGCCCUGGAAGAAGUGGGUGACCCGCCUACAGAUCGUUCAGUUUGUGACCAGCAUGGCUUUGCUCGUGCCGGUGCUGUACUACACAUGGGAUGCACCGCUCGGAGAUGUGUGCGCUGGGCAAAGGAGUUUUUUCGUCAACCUCGCCUUCAACCUGACGCUGCUCUGGCAGUUUGUUGGAGUGCUGUAUACUCCUGCGACUGGAGCAAAAAAGGGAAGCCGCAAGCAGGAAUGA